AUGCAGAGAUCUCUCGCUGUUGGCAUUAAGUCUGAGAACAAUGGCAAGCGGGAUUACACUGGAACUGGUACUGUUCCAUCCUUGCAUAAGCAAGAUAGCAAGAUACUGACCAAAAAGACCAUAAAGUUGUUGGAUGCACCACCUUGUCCAAAAAGGCCAAAGCUAGAGCCAACUCAAACCACUAGAGGUGCUGAAGUUAAGGGCCAUGAAUCGCUGCCACAUAAGAUUGUUCCUGAAAUGGUACGAUGCACAGCAUCUGAAAAAUCUGGGUUGCUAAAGCAGAGGCGCAUUUCUGAUGCGAAGAGAAUUGACAAGAAGAAUGCUAGGUCUGGUGUCAGAUCUAAAUAUGAUUGUUUCACAUUAAAGUCUGGUUUAGGAAAUCAUGAUUCCAGUUUCGUGGGAAAUGGCAUGCUUGGGGCACAUGGCCUGAAAUCUGAUAUCCGUGACAUCACGAAUCACAUUGAGAACCUGACAUUGAGCGAACUUCUCGAUGGCACUUACAAAUAUUCCAGCUUAGGAAGAGAAAAAGGAAAGAAGGUACUGCACACAAAAGAUGAACUCCUAGUCUCUGUCAGAAAAGCUUUUUUUAUGCUAUCUGACAUGGACAGUAGUCCUGGAAAAGAUGGUAAUUUGACUCCUAGUCCUAGGCUGCAUUCAGCAACCACCUCAAGCUCUGAUAUCAAAGAUCAGUGUAGUGACAAACCGUCCUCUUUGAUUAAGGAUCCUUUACAAACUGAGGUCUGCAAUGUUUGCCCAAAGGACAUCCUAAGCCGUUUAACACUUCCCCAAGGACAUGAUCUUGAUUCUCUUUUAUCAGCUGGAAGCGAGAGCUCAGCUACAGGGCCUUCCAUGACAACUCAUGGAGCUAGUUUGCCACCAUUUACUUGGUCACACUCACAAGCUGGGGUUUACCGACCGAGCGUUGACUCUGGUAAACAUGGGUCAAGUAGGAGUAACUCCCAUUGGCAGUGGUUGAGAGUUGGAUCAUAUCCAACCGCUCAGGAUUACGAAGAUUUACCUGUCCAUCAAAUUGAUGAUCUUCUUCAGGAAAUGGAUAUGGCAAAGUCAUCUAUCAUUGAUUCAUGUAGCAGACAAUCUAAUUUAUGCUGCACGGAAUCAACUUCUGGAUCCCUCGGACAAACUAUUUACUCAAGAAAAACUGAAAGCGAGCAUGGUCCGCAGCAACUGCAUCCACUAGACCAUGUGGGCUCCUCAGAUAGCUUCCGGAGGAAUGACAGUGAACGUUCUCUUCUGAAAGCAUGUCAAGCAUCACGGAAGAUAUUGUGCGCAGCUGAGACCCUAUGUGAUAUGAGAAGAAGCACGGAAGGGUGGAGUCCCCAAGUAUAUAGCAAUGGGACAAUAAAUUUGCCAAAGUCACCUCCUGAUAAGGUGAAAGCCCGUAAGCCGUCAUCACCGUUUGGUACAGCUGAGAGCUCCUCGGGCUCUCGGAAUAGUGAUCCAGCUCGCAGCGGAAACCAUUCUACCAAGAAAGUGGUCGAUAGGAAGAACGAUUCUGCUGCGUGCAUGAGCAAUCCAGGGAAAGGGCUUAUUAGGUGGCCUGUUCCUAUUGAAGAUGCUGUAUCUCCUGUCAAACCCGAGAAGGGCCUUAUGCUUGAUAUGAGACAAAACCACAGCAAUGCCGCAAGGCAUCCGAUUCAUGUAUCGUCUCAGGCACGGCUUGAGAAGGAAUACGAGAACCAGCAGAAACUGAGGAAAGCAACAUUGGCCUCGUCUCUAGGAUCGGGAGACUGGAAUAAGGAGAGGAACAGGAGAUUGUGA